CCCCCCCCCCCCACUGUUCUCUGGUUUCUAUGCCGAUUCCCAUAGCCGGCCCCCCUCCCCCGCUUCACUGUAACAUACCACAUGGUCAUUUAAUAGUCAGUUAGACUUGGGACUCAAGUCCACUGUCGAGCCACUGGCAUGGUGAGCGAUGCUAUGGCAUGUGGGGACAGGACGGAGGUGGGAGUGACAAAGUCACACCUGAAGGACACCACUCCUGAAGACCCAGAGAUGACCCUUCCACCCGAGGAGCCGCCGGGCAGCCCGACCAAGAAGGCCUGGACCUGGCAGCUGUCCGUGGUUUUUCUGUGUUUCUACGGGUUUAUGGUGCAGCUGAAACCCGGAGAGCCCUUCAUAACGCCCAAUCUGCUCAGCACGGAGAAGAACUUCACCAGGGAACAAGUGACCAAUGAGAUCAACCCGGUCCUGUCCUACUCGUACAUGGCGGUUCUGGUGCCGGUCUUCCUCCUCACAGACUUCCUGCGCUACAAACCCGUCCUGAUCCUCUCCAGCCUCAGCCACGUGUCCAUCUGGCUCCUCCUCCUCCUGGGUUCCUCGCUCCUGGAGAUGCAGUUCAUGGAGUUCUUCUACGGCAUCACUAUGGCGGCGCGCGUGGCCUACUCCUCCUACAUCUUCUCCCUGGUCGCCCCGGAAAUGUACCAGCGCGUGGCCAGCUACUCUCGCUCCUCCGUCCUCAUGGGGGUGUUUUCCAGCUCCGUGCUUGGCCAGCUGCUGAUAUCCGUGGGCAGGCUGUCCUUCUCCACCCUCAGUGCCAUCUCCCUGGGCUUCGUGUCCUUCGGCCUGCUGUUGUCCACCUGCCUACCCUGGCCCAAGAGGUCCUUGUUCUUCAACAGGGCCGCUCGCGCAGCCCAGAGGAACCUCCUGGAGCAGGCUGCGGCCCAGUCGGAGCGGGACCGGAUGAAGCAGGACGAAGGGGGCACGGGCGACACUCCGGCCCUGGCUCCUCUCGGCUCCGGCUCCUCCUGGCGGGACUCUGUGUUCGUUCAGAUGCUGAAGGAGCUCAGGAACAUGCCACGGAGGCCUAGCCUGAGGCUGUGGAGUUUGUGGUGGGUGUUCAACUCCACUGGCUACUACCUGGUCCUUUUCUACGUCCACAUCCUGUGGAACAAAGUGUACCCCGCAACGGAAAACAAACAUGUCUACAAUGGAGGAGUGGAAGCUGCCUCCACGCUACUGGGGGCCAUCACGUCGUUUGCGGCCGGCUUUGUGAAGAUCCGCUGGAACGUGUGGUCAGAGCUGGUGAUCGGCGUGGUCACGGCCCUGCAGGCCGGCCUGCUGCUCCUCAUGGGGAACACUACCAACAUCUGGGUCUGCUACGUGUCCUACACCCUCUUCAAAGGCUUCUACCAGUUCCUGGUACCCAUCGCCAUUUUCCAGAUCGCGUCGUCCCUCACCAAGGAGCUGUGUGCCCUGGUGUUUGGGGUCAACACGUUCCUGUCCACCAUUCUGAAAACCAUCAUCACCCUCAUCAUCUCUGACAAAAGGGGUUUAGGAUUGGAUGUGCAUACACAGUUCCUGAUCUACUUCUUCUACUUCACCCUGCUUACUGUCAUCUACCUGGCCUGCGCCACCUGGGUCAUUGUCCAUCACUAUAGGAACCAAUCCAGUGGCGAGGCCACAGACCAAGCCACGCCUACCGAGCUCUGUUCCAUUCAGACAAACCCCUCUGAGACAGAGCCUCUAUCCAAUGGGAGAAAUGUUAAGGCUUGAACGGUGUGAUGUACUGUUUUCACACGCGACCGCACAAGGACCGAUAAGACGAGGUGUGGUAAAUUCACGGGGGACGUCUAUGGAAGUGACCAGUAUUGCGAUUGGCUUUACUUCUCUUCAGUUCCAGACAUCUGAAUUUGGACCAGCCUCAGAUAAUUGGAGUUGUUAAUGGUUUCUUAUUCCAGGAAUAUUCAAAAUGGUGUCAUUCACUGGUGACAGGAUUAUGGGUUUAGUUCAACAUAUGCUGUAUUUUCACUGAGGCACUUAUGUAAAACUGACUGACAAACCAAGUGAAUUGACAAAUUAGCUUAAUAUUCUGUCUUCUUAGAGGGGACCAAUAGGAAAUGAGCUACACUACAGAAACCGUCUGUAAUUAAUUUAACUUUACUAUUUCCUCUACUGGUGGAACAAUGCCCUGUUAUAUUCAGGAAAUGAUUCAACGUUUGCAAUCAUUAGGAACACCAUUGUGAUGAAAAAUUGCUGCAGAUGUAUUGCAGUGUUUUUUUUAAUCUGUGUAUAUCUUUAGCAUUGAGAGGGCUCAUGAUUACUAUGUGAUCUCAGUGUAUCUGCAUUUGAUUAAGGCGACACAUCAAGCAAUGCAUUUUCUGGGGGCUAAAUCUUCCCAAUGAUUCCCAUUGAAAACGUUUGCCUAAAUUGAGUGCUUAGUGUGUUUGCUACACUUGCAUUUUGUUACGGUUAAUCAGCUGUAGGUAAUGAACUGUGCCGAUGUAGGUUGUCUUAGGGCCUUCAAACAAGCCGUGUUGGUGCACCUGCUUUUGCUGCUAGGGAUUCAGUCAUUGAUUUAGCUUUUUAGUUUUGGUCGGCAAGUACAUUUUAGCCACUAUUUUGUCGACAUUUUGGUUUUCAUGCCGAUUUUUUUCUUUCCUCCCUCCACUAUAAUAAUAAUAUUCUUGACAAUCAUCUUUCUAAUAGGAAGCCCACGUGAAUGUUCAUAUCUAUCCUAAAAUGUGAUUUUAAACGACCCCAAAUUACUUUUACAAAUGACUGUUAUUUGAAAAUGAUUGUCUCAGUAUCUUUAGCCAAGUUAAAAGAUUUUGCUGUGAGCUAUUCUGGAUUUUAUUUUCGACAUUGUUUUUGUUUUAAUCGAACAUUAACUCAAUAGGGUUUCCUUGAAUGUUUGUUUGAAAGUCUGAAAAGAAAAGCUAAUCUUUUAGGCAGGUGUUUUUUUCCUUUGGAUUCCUAACAACUCUAAUUUGUUUCUAGAAUGGCAGACAUGACUAAAUCUGGAUUAGACUUACAUUUAAUUUUAAUUGUCUUUUGUUUAAAUGGGUAGUUUUGUAGGCUGUAGACGUCCAGUCAAUUGGCAUCGGCUCGCAAAAGUACCUUCUUUAUUAAAACAUGUAGGUGAAACAAAAGGGUAUCCACAAGCUCAUCAGACUCUCAAGAAGUAGAUCAAGGGCCUCACACCCAAAGUCCUGAACUAUUGAAAUACCACCAAAUGCCGGUCCCCUUAAGGACCAGCGUCUUCGGAUUCUUCCAUGUUUUCACAGACAGCCUGGUUCUGCUCUUUUGUCCAACUAGUUGCAGAAUGCUGAUUGAUGAAAAGACUCAGAUAUUGGCCAAUGAUUGGCCUCUGUAAAGACUGCUUAAGUGAUUAAAUAUGGCCCAUUAUUAGUGGAUUGCCUAUAGGCAUAUAGGAUGGAUUAUAGGUGUGUGUGAACAAUGCAGUAUAUCAAGUCCAGUGUGCCAAAAACACAAGAUAUGCAACUUGGAAUGUUAGUCUGAUUGAAAUGGCCGUAUCUAAAGGUAGGAUUCAACCCGUAGUGACAAUGUCAAAUAUUUGUCACAGGUUUUUACAAUGGUAUAAUAAAAGGCAUGUGAUGCAUUGUACCUACUGGCUAUGCUGGGCGCUGAAGCUAACUAGCUCAGUAUUAUUUCAAUAAAGGAUAAGUUUUGUAAUUGA